AUGAGCAAAGAGAAGCUAAAGUUUACCAUAGCAGGUAAGACCGUUGUCUAUGAAGGUCGCCGGGAGAACCAAACGAAGGACCUCUUUGACAUCCUCGUAAAGAUGAAGGUUGACCAGUCUGUGGCGGUGCAGGCAUUCCGCGGCAACAUCGACGGCGCCGCGAGUUGGACAGAUGAAAGCAUCUGCCAACAGUUCAGCGAUGCCCAGCGUGCCUAUGCGGAGAAGAAGAAGCGGAAGGAGGCCGACGCCACGGCCGAGCAGCCGGCAUCGCCGAAGAAGCAGGUGGAGAAGCCACAGAAUAUAACACUGAGCUUUCAGGGGAAGCAGUUCUCGUACGAGGGUCUCCCGAGCGGCAAACAGCAGGCCGUCGUGGAGCUGCUCCUCAGACAUGAUACGACGCGGGAGGUGGGAGUGGAGGCGUUCCGCAAGAACCUGCCGAACAGCACCGCCACCGACGAUGAGAUAUGGGCGAUAGUGGUGGCGGCAAAGGAGGCCAAGGCGGCACGCAAGGCGGCAAAGAAGAAAGACACAGCCGCAGGGGAAGUUCAGAGCCCGAAGACACAAUCGCCACAGCAAAAGGACGAAUCGAAAAUGCCGAAGAGUUCCACCGGCGCCGUCGGUGGCGUUGAUGCAAUCGACGAGAUAACAGGCAUGUCGGUGGCGGAGCGCGAUUCCCUCAGCAACUUCAUCAAGCAGGUGCUCGAGCAGCCGCAGAUUGACCUCACAGCGCGCCUGCGUGACGAUCCGAGCGCAUUCGCCUCAGGCACCUCGGCAGCGCGGAGCCCCGGAAUCUCUGGGCCUGGUGGUGCCUACGGCGACGACGACACAUCACUGGGGACAACACGCACGAUACGCGGAAAGGUGGCCAUCUACUGCCAGGAGGGGAACUGCACGACAAACAAGGUGCUGUAUAUCACCCCCGCUACCACCUUCGAGGAAUUCAGUGGGAUGGUGGAGAAGAAGUACGGCCGAAAAAUGGCUAUGUCCUUCUACGAGGGAGAAGAUGUAAUUGAUAUGGACGAUGAUGACGUGUUCUGUAUGUUUCUUGAGAUGAGCCAGAACAUUUCACAGGAGGGAAAGCGCAUGAAGCUCAUCUGCGCCCCGUUGGAGUCCCGUAAAAGAGCGAUGGACGACAAGAUUACAGACGCGAAGGAUGGCAACGACUACAGGGCGAAGGCUUUUUCAAAUGGCAAGCUUGAAGUGCGGGAGGAACGGACAUUUACUGCUCACACCUCUGCUGUCUACUGCUGCUCCUUUUCUCCCAAGGGGGACCGGUUCUGCACCGCCAGCCGUGACCGCUCCGUGCGGCUGUGGAACACCGCAACAGGUAGCUGCUCUGUCAUGAAGGGGGGUCACAACGGCUUCGUAUUGUCGUGCGACUUCUCUCCACGGGGGAAUCGCAUUGUGUCAUCAUCUGACGACCGUACAAUUAAGAUAUGGAACACGACUACCUGCUCCAAGGUGUCCACUCUGAAGGGGCAUGACGACAAGGUCUACUGCGUGCAGUACAACACCACUGGAGACUACAUUGUCUCCGGCUCCUGCGACCACACGGUGCGGGUGUGGAACGCUGAUACCGGAUCCAAGAUGGUUACACUGCGGAGUCACACCCUUGCCGUCUUCUCGUGUGGAUUCAGCAACACCGACGCGGGUAAGUACGUCGUCUCUGGUGGUGAUGACCGCAUGAUCAAGGUGUGGGACUGGAUGAAAGACGAGGAAUUCCGCUCCUUAUCGGGUCACACGGACACCGUCUGGUCCUGCGCGUUUUCACACGAUGACAGACGUAUUGUGACGGCCUCGAUGAACCACGAGUUGAAGGUGUGGGACUGGAAAAGCAGCAACUGCAUUCUCUCGUGGAAGGGCCACCAAGUGCCCAUUCAUCAAGCCAUAUUCUCCGCCGAUGACAAAUACAUCUUCUCCUGUGCCAGGGACUGGACCGUCAUGGUGUGGGGCGCCGAAACAGGGGAGCAUUACGAGACGAUCCCCGGGCACCACAGCACCGUGUACCACAUGGACGUCACGGGCAAUAAGCUGCUGACCUCCUCCCUCGACGACACACUCAAGCUGUGGACAAUUACGGCAAAGGACUGA